ACCGCUAUCACACAUUCGUUGUUUUUUUUUUGCAGUGCGCUUCGGUCUUGUUUUCGUGUCCGUUUUCGGCGCUCCGUUCGUAUGUUUGUCUCCUUUUGGCAGCCUGUUUUGUUUAACAAAUGCCAGUAACAAGUUUUCGAGAGUGCAAUACAAGUGCAAUAUUAAUUAAGUAAUAAUAAAAACCUACAUAAAUGUAUACCGAGUGCAUAUGUAUGCGUGUGCAAUACAAACGAAUGACCAUGUUAUAGCCAUACAAAAUAUAAAACAAAAACCAUAAAACACCUCCCUCCUCCCCCCUCCCCAACAAAAAAAUAAAAGAAAACAAAAAUCUGCGAAACCUUCGACAAUCAUUGAGUUUUACUGUACUUGAAAAAUGGACUGUGCCACGCGAAAACAACAACAAUUACGGGCACAUCAUCAGCAGCAACAAAUACAAAGGCAAACACAUGGACGAAAGCGGCGGCGAUUACAACAACAACAGCAAAGCCACUACUACCACCACCAACAACACGUGUGGCUUGUUGUUGGGAUUUUGACAAUUUUUUUGACUCAGCAUGCACAAGCAGCCGAUCUGGUGAUUAAUGUUCCAAAUGCGAGCAGCAACGACAACGCCUUCUACAGGAUAGACUACAGUCCGCCCUUCGGCUUCCCGGAGCCGAACACCACGAUCCCGGCCAGCGAGAUUGGCAAGGACAUCAAGUUCUCGAGAGCUCUGCCGGGCACGGAGUACAACUUUUGGUUGUACUACACCAAUUCCACGCAUCAGGAGCUGCUCACCUGGACGGUGAACAUAACGACAGCUCCCGAUCCGCCGGCGAACCUGAGCGUUCAGCUGCGCUCCAGCAAGAGUGCCUUCAUAACGUGGCGACCGCCGGGAACUGGUCGCUAUUCGGGAUUCCGGAUCCGGGUGCUGGGCCUCACGGAUCUGCCCUUCGAGCGAAGCUACUCGCUGGAUGGCAACGAAACGCUGCAGCUGUCGGCCAAGGAACUCACUCCCGGGGGCAGCUAUCAGGUUCAGGCCUACUCCGUCUAUCAGGGCAAGGAAUCGGUGGCCUAUACGAGUCGCAAUUUCACCACAAAACCCAACACUCCGGGCAAGUUCAUCGUUUGGUUCCGGAACGAGACCACGCUGCUGGUGUUGUGGCAACCCCCCUUUCCGGCCGGAAUCUACACGCACUACAGGGUCUCCAUAACGCCGGACGAUGCCAUCCAGAGUGUUUUGUACGUGGAACGCGAGGGUGAGCCACCUGGACCGGCGCAGGCAGCCUUCAAGGGUCUCGUUCCCGGCAGGGAGUACAAUAUAUCGGUGCAAACGGUUUCCGAGGAUGAGACGUCAUCGGUUCCGACCACAGCCCGAUAUCUGACCGUACCGGAACGUGUCCUCAAUGUCACCUUCGACGAGACCUACACAACAUCGAGUUCCUUUCGCGUGAGAUGGGAACCACCGCGAACGUAUAGCGAAUUCGAUGCCUACCAGGUGAUGCUCUCGACGUCGAGAAGGAUAUUCAACGUUCCCCGCGCUGCGGAAGGCGAAUCGGUUCACUUUGACUAUCCCGAUGUCUUGGAACCUGGUCGCAGCUACGAGGUGGUGGUCAAAACAAUAGCGGAUAACGUGAACUCCUGGCCAGCCAGCGGAGAGGUUACGUUGCGUCCACGACCCGUUCGCAGUCUGGGUGGAUUCCUCGACGAUCGCAGCAAUGCUCUGCACAUUUCCUGGGAGCCGGCGGAAACGGGGAAACAGGAUGCCUACCGAAUAAGCUACCACGAGCAGACGAACGCAAGUGAAGUGCCGGCUCUCUUUCCGGUUGCCAGUGAAUCGCAAAUUACCACGAAUCUCACGGAAUACACACUGGAUUCCCUGCUGGCGGGACGCCGUUACCUAAUUGCCGUGCAAGCCCUGUCCAAAGGAGUGGCCUCCAAUGCCAGCGACAUCACGCGAUACACACGUCCGGCGGCGCCACUUAUCCAGGAACUCAAGAGCAUCGAUCACGGACUAAUGCUCAGCUGGCGCAGUGAUGUGAACUCUCGCCAGGAUCGCUACGAGGUGCACUACCAGCGAAAUGGAACGCGCGAGGAGCGCACAAUGGCCACCAAUGAGACGAGCCUGACGAUCCACUACCUGCAUCCCGGUUCCGGUUACGAGGUGAAGGUGCACGCCAUUAGCCACGGCGUCCGGAGCGAACCGCACUCCUACUUUCAGGCAGUUUUUCCCAAACCGCCGCAGAAUCUCACGCUGCAGACGGUGCACACGAACCUGGUGGUGCUCCGUUGGCAGCCGCCGGAGGGCAGCGACUUCAGCGAGUACGUGGUGCGCUAUCGCACGGACGCCUCUCCCUGGCAGCGGAUCUCCGGGCUGCACGAGAACGAGGCCCGGAUCGAGGACAUGCACUACGGCGAACGCUACCUGGUGCAGGUGAACACCGUGAGCUUCGGCAUCGAGAGUCCCCAUCCCCUGGAGCUGAAUGUGACCAUGCCGCCGCAGCCGGUUUCGAAUGUGGUGCCGUUGGUGGACUCGCGCAAUCUCACCCUCGAAUGGCCGAGACCCGAUGGUCAUGUGGACUUCUACACACUCAAGUGGUGGCCCACCGACGAAGCGGAGCGAGUGGAAUUCAAGAAUGUCAGUCAGCUGGAGGAUCUGAGCUCCCCCAGCGUUCGGAUUCCCAUUGAAGAGCUGUCGCCGGGUCGUCAGUAUCGCUUUGAGGUGCAGGCCAGCUCGAAUGGCAUCCGUUCCGGGACCACUCAUCUCUCCACUCGCACCAUGCCACUCAUUCAAUCCGAUGUGUUUAUCGCCAAUGCGGGACACGAACAGGGUCAGGAUGAAACAAUAACCCUAAGCUACACACCCACGCCGGCGGACAGCACUCGGUUCGAUAUCUACCGCUUCUCGAUGGGCGAUCCCAAGAUCAAGGACAAGGAGAAGCUGGCCAACGAUACGGAACGCAAGCUGAGCUUCUCGGGCCUGACGCCCGGCAAGCUGUACAACGUUACCGUUUGGACGGUGAGCGGAGGAGUGGCCAGUUUGCCGGUCCAACGGCUGUAUCGUCUGCAUCCACUGCCCAUCAAUGAUUUGCGGGCUCUCCAGGUGGCUGCUCGUGAGAUAACCUUGCAUUGGGAGGCUCCAGCUGGGGAAUACACCGAUUUUGAACUGCAGUACCUUAGUGCCGACGAGGAGGCACCGCAACUGCUCCAGAAUGUGACCAAGAAGACGGAGAUUUCGCUGCAGAACCUGCGUCCGUAUCACAAUUACACAUUCACCGUGGUGGUGCGAGCUGGUUCCACUCCAAGUACCGAUUCCGAUGUCUCCGGCAGCACCCUAAUGCGCAGCAGUGCUCCCAUCUCGGCCAGCUAUCAAACGUUGGCUGCUCCACCUGGAAAAGUGGACUACUUCCAGCCGAGCGACGUGCAGCCCGGCGAGGUGACCUUCGAGUGGAUUCUGGAGGCGGGCGAACAGCACGGACCCAUUGAUAACUUUCGCAUCACCUGUCAGAAUGCCGACGAUGCAGCGGAUGUGGCAAGCUUCGAAUUCCCGGCGAAUGCGACGCAGGGCAGGAUUAGUGGCCUAGUGCCCGGCAAUCAGUACACAUUCCGCAUACAAGCCAAGUCUGCCUUGGGCUUUGGUGCCGAAAGGGAGCACAUACAAGUAAUGCCCAUACUAGCGCCGCCUGUUCCGGAACCCAGUGUCACGCCGCUGGAGGUCAGCAGAACGAGCAGCACCAUCGAGAUUAGCUUCAGGCAGGGCUACUUCUCCAAUGCCCACGGCAUGGUCAGAUCCUACACGAUAAUCAUAGCCGAGGAUGUGGGCAAGAAUGCGUCGGGCCUGGAGAUGCCCAGCUGGCAGGAUGUGCAGGCAUAUACCGUGUGGUUGCCCUACCAGGCCAUCGAGCCAUAUAAUCCCUUCUUCACCAGCAAUGGCAGUCGGCGGAACGCGCUGGAGGCGGAGCACUUUACGAUAGGAUCGUCCAGUUGCGAGAAACAUCAGACGGGCUAUUGCAAUGGUCCGCUAAGGGCUGGGACCACCUACAGGAUCAAGGUGCGUGCCUUUACGGACGAGGAUAAGUUCACGGACACGGCCUACAGUUCACCGAUAACCACCGAACGCAGUGAUACCGUGAUUGUGGCCGCCACCAUGGCGGCUGUGUUGCUGGUGGCCAUGGUGCUGCUGGUGGUCUACUGCCAGCACCGCUGCCAACUGAUCCGCCGCGCCUCCAAGUUGGCCCGCAUGCAGGACGAGCUGGCCGCCCUGCCCGAGGGCUAUGUCACGCCCAAUCGGCCGGUGCAUGUGAAGGAUUUCGCCGAGCACUACAGACUCAUGUCGGCCGAUUCGGACUUCCGUUUCAGCGAGGAGUUCGAGGAGCUGAAGCAUGUGGGCCGCGAUCAGGCCUGCAGCUUCGCCAAUCUGCCCUGCAAUCGGCCGAAGAAUCGAUUCACCAACAUCCUGCCCUACGAUCACUCGCGCUUCAAGCUGCAGCCCGUGGACGAUGACGAUGGUUCGGAUUAUAUUAACGCCAACUAUAUGCCGGGACACAAUUCGCCGCGCGAGUUCAUCGUCACCCAGGGCCCGUUGCAUUCGACGCGCGAGGAGUUCUGGCGGAUGUGCUGGGAGAGCAACUCGCGGGCCAUCGUUAUGCUGACGCGGUGCUUCGAGAAGGGUCGCGAGAAGUGCGAUCAGUACUGGCCCGUGGAUCGGGUGGCCAUGUUCUACGGGGACAUUAAGGUGCAGUUGAUUAUCGACACGCAUUUCCACGACUGGAGCAUAUCGGAGUUUAUGGUCUCAAGGAACUGCGAGUCGCGAAUAAUGCGGCACUUCCACUUCACCACAUGGCCGGACUUUGGAGUUCCCGAGCCGCCGCAAUCGCUGGUGCGCUUCGUGCGCGCCUUCCGCGAUGUCAUCGGCACGGAUAUGCGGCCCAUUAUCGUCCAUUGCAGCGCCGGAGUGGGCAGAUCGGGCACAUUCAUAGCCCUGGAUCGCAUCCUGCAGCACAUUCACAAGUCGGACUAUGUGGACAUCUUUGGCAUCGUGUUUGCCAUGCGAAAAGAGCGCGUCUUCAUGGUGCAGACGGAACAGCAGUACGUGUGCAUCCAUCAGUGUUUGCUGGCAGUGCUCGAGGGCAAGGAGCAUCUGCUGGCCGAUUCGCUGGAGCUGCAUGCCAAUGAUGGCUACGAAGAGCGCCAGCCGCAAACGAAAAUGGGAACCUUGCCCAUUCGAGCUUCUUUGGCCAGGGCCGAGGAACUGGAUGCGGAUUUAAUGGCCGACAAGGAUCUGGAGCAGCAGCAGCAGCAGGCGGAGGCCAAGGAUGAGAAUGAUGAAGAGGAUGAGGACGAGGAGGAUGAUGACCAGCAGCCGUUGAACAAUGAAACGACUGCCACCUUGUCAUCGGCCAGCUGCAGCAGCAGCAGUCAGGAUGUGCAUGUGGAUCUCAAGGAUCUCCAGGCCAAAGAACACCCCAAGCAAGAGAAGGAGAGCAGGAAAAUCUGCAGCGGCACAAAAUCCCAUUCAGACACCGAAAGUGACUCAGAGGAUGAGGAUGAGGAGGGGCCGGUGACCAAGGAUGGGGCUGUCACCGAUGAGGAUGGCUGGUGGUAUUGAUAGAAAAGUCGACUUUUUUCUAGAUGACGAGGGCAUUGCUGAGACGGGAAUCUGAGGAUGCUUGCUGCGGGAAUAUCUACACAUGAUAUAUAGUACCUAUAGUUAUUUUUUUUACAUAUACUGUACGUAAAAUCUGCCUGUGAUGUGCUGGAUGUGAUUUGUCUACGAAAUGGCACUCGGAGUUGCUGUCAAAUGAGUUGAGUUUGUGGCCCUCAUCCCGCCGCAACUGCCAG